AAAGUCUGCUGACUUAAUUUUUUCUCUCUCAGUUGCUCUGCUUUUGUCUUGUCGACGGACAUUGAAGCAACUCAUCUCCAACUGGAUUAAUUUGACGUCUUUUAAAGGCAGCCUGCCCCUUCAUAAAAAAGCUCCCGCACCAAGUGCCUCCAUGGUGCCUCCGGCGAAGAGCGACAGGAUCAUCACUCACCUCCCCAAGGUGAGGCCCCCAGCCAGCAGCGCCCUGGUGACCGACGUGUUGCUCAAUCUGCUUUUCCCGCGCCGACGGCAGUGCUUCAGUCCCAGAGCGGCGCUGAACACCAAAGACGCCUUCCACCCCGACGUGACGGCCGCCUGCCACCACCGCCGGGAGGACGCCGUCAGCUUCAACGUGGCCAAAGUCAUCGUGGUGGGCGACGUCUCUGUGGGGAAAACGUGCUUGGUCAGCAGGUUCUGCAGCGGCGCCUUCAGCAGGAACUACAAGGCCACCAUCGGCGUGGACUUCCAGAUGGAGCGCUUCCAGGUGCUCGGAGUCCCCUUCAAUCUGCAGCUGUGGGACACAGCAGGACAGGAGCGCUUCAAGUGCAUCGCCUCCACCUACUACAGAGGAGCUCAGGCCAUCAUUGUGGUGUUCGACCUGGGCAGGGCCAGCUCGUUAAUCCACGCCAGGCAGUGGUUGGAAGACGCCAUGAAGGAGAACGACCCGUCCAGCGUACUCCUCUUCCUCGUGGGGACCAAGAAGGACCUCGGCUCUCCUGAGCAGCUGGCUGACGUGGAAGAAGAGGCCAUCAGACUCUCAGAGGAAAUCAGGGCGGAGUUCUGGGCGGUUUCUGCAAAGUCAGGUGACGGCGUGAGAGACUUCUUCCUGCGCGUGGCCGCUUUGACCUUUGAGGCCGACAUGCUAUCGGAGCUGGAGAGACGCGGCUCACAGAAGGCAGACGACAUCAUCAGGAUCGGCGGCGGCAAAGACGAGGAGCGCCGGUCUGCCGGGAGGAAGGCCAACUGCUGCUGACCACAGAGCAAGGGGACGAGCGUCAUGGCCGCCGACAAUUUGUGUGUAAAUUAGACGACAAUAAACCCAAAAUGGAAGUUU